AUCAAGCACCUAGGCAUGCAGACUGCUUUUACAAACAUCUGUGAAAGAAUGGGUCGCUCUCAGGACCUCAGUGAAUUCAAGUGUGGUACCCUGAUAGGUUGCCACCUGUGCAAUAAGUCCAUCCGUGAAAUUUCCUUGCUACUAAAUUUUCCUCAGUCAACUGUUAGUGGGAUUAUAACAAAGUGGAAGCAACUGGGAACAACAGCAACUCAGCCAAGAAGUGGUAGGUGAUGUAAAAUGACAGAGUGGGGACAGCGCAUGCUGAAAAAGUCACCAACUGUCUGAAGAGUCAAUAGCUAAAGACCUCUAAACAUCAUGUGGCCUUAGCACAACAAAAGUGCAUAGAGAGCUUCGUGGAAAUGGUUUCCAUUGCCGAGUAGCUGCAUCCAAGCCUUACAUCACCAAGUGCAAUGCAAAGCGUUGGAUGCAGUAGUGUAUAGCACGCCACCACUGGACUUUAGAGCCGUACUUGCCUGACUGCAUUGUGCCAAGUGUAAAGUUU